AUUCAAAAUUACUCUCGUCUCAUGUAUUGGUGAGAGAAGCGAUGAAACGUUUUAUUUGUGCUUCAUCCUCGUACAUGGAAACAUUUAAAAUAAUAAAAAGUGAACCAAUCGGAAACCAACAGCUCAAGUAUCGUUUGCCCAUAAGCUUGAUUAGUCAAGAUAAGGUUAUCAACCAAUCAGUCUACUUACUCCAGUUAUAUAAAGACGUCAUCGAUUUCUGAGACUGCAGUGUGUUAAUUAUUGAUUCAGUUUUUGGGGAUUUCUAUCGCUUCCCAUCCCAAAACACUGCAGACAUGGAUGCGUCGAAACGCCACUGGAUAUUGGGGGGGAUCGUUAUUUGCUUGUUUGUAAUUCCAACAAUUCAUGCCUGGGGAAAAGAUGGCCACCAUGCUGUUUGCAAGAUUGCUGAGAAUUAUCUUACCGACGAAGCUCUGGCUGCAGUGAAAGCCUUGCUUCCAGAUUCUGCUGAAGGUGAUCUUGCUUCUGUUUGCGCCUGGGCAGACGAGGUUCGCUACAAAGCCCACUAUGGCUGGAGCAAAACUUUGCAUUAUGCAGAUACACCUGACUUCAGGUGCAACUACGACUACUGCAGAGACUGUCACGACACUGUUGGACGCAAGGAUCGGUGUGUCACUGGAGCAAUUUAUAACUACACAAAGCAGCUUAUGUCAGAGCAUGAUGAUUCUGGCUUAUAUAAACUAAGCUACAACCUGACAGAGGCACUUAUGUUCCUAGCCCAUUUUAUUGGUGAUGUCCACCAGCCAAUGCACCUGGGCUUUCUUGGAGAUUUAGGUGGUAACUCAAUUACCAUCCGUUGGUACCGUAGAAAAACUAAUUUGCACCAUGUGUGGGACAAUAUGAUCAUUGAAUCUGCUCUAAAGACAUUCUACAGCAACGAUCUCUCUGUAAUGACCCAAGCUAUUCAGAACAAUAUCACGGAUGCCAUGGUUGAUGAAGUAUCUGAGGAGAAUUGCAAUAGUGCAGUAUGUCCAGAUCCGUAUGCUUCUGAAAGCAUCUCUUUGGCUUGUAGAUAUGCUUACAGAAAUGCCACUCCUGGAAGCACCUUAGGAGACGAUUACUUCUACUCUCGGUGGCCCGUUGUUGAGUCGAGACUUGCCCAAGGUGGGGUCCGGUUGGCAACUCUUCUCAACAGGAUCUUCUUCAAACAUAAGUCGAUUGCAGAAGAAUAAUAUAAGUUGAGGGGAUAGAGAUGAACUCUACGUUAAAUCCCGAGAGAAGGGCCUCUAUGUGUGCCACCCCUCUUGGCUUGUACAAUUCCCUCACGUCAAGACAUAAGUUUCCUAAUUAAGUAGUUGGCUAUCUUGGAAGACAACAUUGCUGCUCUGCUAAGAAAGUGCACCUUAAAUUAUGGAGCCAAUUCUUCUGUUAAUGUGAUAUAUGCCUCCGUAUUUUACUUUUGUGUAAAAGCAACUUAGAAGACACAUGAAAGAUAAGCAGUCUUUAGCUUGUACGCAUUGUAAACUAUCAAUAAUUUAUGUAUAUAUAGUAAUAUGGAACUAGAUUGUAA